UUGUGAUUGACAGGAUGUUUGGGAAUACGGGAAAACUGUAUCGAAUCUCCUUAAGCAGUGUAUUUAGGUUCCUUCCUCUGCCUUGUUUUGCGGCAAACACACGCAUGUAUACCUGCAUGUUUUACUCAUUUAAUUACGUAAUAACCUCUCGCAGUAUGUACAGCAGUCAGAACUCAAGUCACACUUGGCAAACUUACGUGAAAAACUACCGGAGUAAUUUCAUCUGAAGAGUAAAAUUCAAGAAGCGUGGUUUUAUUAUUUCAAUUAAACUGUGCUAAGUUCGUUUGAUUUUAGCAUAGUCAGAUUUCCGACUCUACUUAGGCCAUUAGCCAAUAGAAAUGCGCCGCCGAGCCAGUUAUAAAACAUUAUUUCAUCUUGAACUAUGGGCUACUUUUGCAAGCUGCAGAAAUCUUAAAUGCGUCUCACUAAAAACACACACGCACAGCAUAACGAUGUGGAGCGAGUGACUCAACUAUACGAUUUUGUUGACGCCGUAUCCUGCUAACAGCCUCGUCCCUUCUACAAAAACCUUCCCCUGCGAGGGCUUCACACGGCAAGUGGCUCAAGUAGUACGGAGAAAGAUUUCUCAGCACGCGACGAGAGCUGCAUCAAUGGCUAACGGCUCUUGCGUUUUACAAAACGGGUCACUUUGUUCAAGAGAUCGAUUCACAGGAUGGAACACUUCGAGUGCGUACAGUACAGGGUUCAGCGCCAAAGCAGACGUGCUACCGAUAGUGCUAGCGAUCUUAAUAAUCAGCGUGAACAGCCUGGUGUUGAUCUUAGUGAUCAAGGUGAAGCAACUCCGUGUCACCACAAACUACCUGUUGUGUAGUCUGGCGGUGUCUGACCUGCUGACGGGUCUGGUGAGCAUCCCUCUCUUCACCUCGUGUAACAUCCUGCAAACCCUGACCAUCUGCAUCGUGGCGGAGAACGUGCUGCGCUUCACGUCAAUCUCCACGGUGCUCCACCUGCUCGCGAUCACCACGGACAGGUACAUGGCCAUCAUGCACUCGCUACGAUACUACAACAUCGUGACCAGGCACCGCGGCUGCUGGGUGAUCGCCUGCACUUGGCUCAUCUCCACCACCACCGCCUUCAUCCAGCUGGCCUGGAAUAACCCGAGUGUCCUGGACAACACGCACGACGAACCACCAGAGAGCCUCCUUCGACACGAGUUCCGUUACGACAUCAUCAACAUUGUCCUAUUCUUUGCUAUUCCCUUGCUUGUAAUGGUAUUCCUGAAUGGGAAAAUUUUCUACGAGGUGCUCCGGCAAUCUUCGAAAAUCAAGAAGAAUUUUCCAAGGGAGAAUUCCAAGAAGGCCCAGAGUCGAGAGUGGAAGGCGGCUAUACUCUUCACAGCCAUGUUCGUAGUGUUCUCGUCUUGUUGGUUACCGUACUUUCUUGUUCGGAUACAGCACAAUCUCGGAAAUGAAAUGUUCGAGAUGACAAAACUGAUGGAAUAUAUCAUCAUAUAUUUACGAUUUAUCACAUCAUUUCUGAAUCCCUGUAUCUAUAUUCUUGGAAAGAAUGACUUCAGGCAUGCUAUUAGAGGAAAACCGUACAGACGGGCACUAUCUUUGACGAAAAGCACCUCCACAAAGUACACUAGCUACAAGCAAACCAACGUCUGAAAAAUCUACACAGCAAAUCUAUUUGGAGGAAUGGCUCAUAAUGAUAUAUUCUAUCCUCAAGCAAAACGAAAACAAAAUACCAUAAACUAGGAAAUCAAAGAAAAUAUCAGCGAAAAAAAUUCAUGAGAAAAAAAACGAAAAAGAAGAAGAGGAAUGAUUGGCUUGCGGUGAAAUGUGCUGCAAAACUGAGCAAAAAUGCGUGAAAACAUUGGGUAGACGAGCCGAAACACCCGUGAAAACCCAGGACCUUCCUUCUCAGACUUCUUUUAAGUAAUGCUCCGUGUAAGAACUAGGCAACCCAACGGCAAAUGCACUCUGGCAUGUCAAAAUGCCUUUGUUUAUUCUAGAAAUUUGAUUGGACAAGACAAAACAUUAUAGCAUAAGAUACAGAUAACACAACAAGAUUCAUAAUAUUUUUUGGUUAUAGGGUUAAUUAUCAUAUAAGUCAAUCUUGUUUUAAAAACUGUCGUUUUUCUAGCUCGCUCCGUCAUUUUCUUAGGCAUUACAUACCAUAUUUGGGAGUCAGCUUCAAUCAUUGUUUUUCGCUUUUAUAUCACUCUAUCACUCUGUAAGUCGAGUAUUUCCACGUAAACUUGCAGGGAUUCGCGUUUACUGCGAUUUUGCUGGCAGCCAACUUGGAUAUGGAGCCUAGUCCCUAACGUUUAAAAAUAUCACAGGUCUCCCGCUUGCUCGCCCCAGGCUCUUAUAGACCAUUUAGAAAAACGAUAGCUAUUGAUUGAUACGCUAUGUCUGAUCCAGCUUUUCAGGUAAAUUUUAUGUGGGGAACCUUGUAAAUAUAAGACAACUAACAGCUAUUAAUUUGGCUUCUUCUGUUUUGUUCACCACAGAAAAUCAACUGUAAAAAAAGGACAUGUUUUACGCAAUGUCCUCAAAAUCUUACUAUCUUCUAUAUGUCCAUGCAUAUGUUUGGUAUAAAAAGGAAGCUAUGUAGGAAUAUAUAAUAAAGCUUUUUGCCGCAGGACAACAGGACUUUGCCUAGUUCUUGCACGGAGUGUAGAUAAUAAAAAGUAGAAAAGCAUAAACGGCGAAACCGGUGGACCCAAGUAUUUUGCAAUAAAAAAACCGCGAUGCUUACGAAAAUAAUAUAUUUUUUGGUUUCGUCGUUUAUAAAAGAGGUCGUUAAACGACGGAACAACUUAAAAGUAUUGAAAUCAAAAAGACGAAAAUCUUUAAACAACGGAUACAAGAUAUCUAUAAACAGAUCACGCAAAACCGUAAACUUGGAUAAUUUAUGUGUUCGUCCAGUUCCCUGCCUGCAAGAAUAUUAGUGUAAAUUCAAGAAGAGUAUAAUCUAUUCAAGAAAUUUAACCAAGUGGUCGUCUGCCGGGUUACCCGCAAACAGUUAUGAGUCUGACAGCCUCUGACGAUUUCGCUGUCAUCAAAGCAUUCGAGAAAUAUGAUACUCAGAUAACAUUUUAAUGUUUAUUAAGUACAACAGCAAGUAGCUAGUGUUUCCUUCAAUAUUCGUUUAAACCCCCGCGUGAAAAUACUCAUGAUUAAAAAGUCAUUAAAGUCGUAA